AUGGAAACGUCGCGGCGCUCGAUCAGAAGUCGGAUAAGAACAAGUCACUGGUGGGAAGCCACGACAGGAUUUCCUGUCCUUGCGAAGGGCUCCCUCAGUGUGAUGGCUUUCAUGUUCAACAUCUGCGCUCUUGUGAAGGGAUGGCUUCAGAGUGAGUCAGCGGAUGGCUCAAUAUCAGAGCUACCUACACCUAGCUGGACUACUGGACUCAAAGCAGCUUCAUUAGCUUUAUCUACCGUCGCGUACAUAGCGUACCUACUCACAAUGAUCACCCACAUUGAUCCGAUCAAGGGAUUUAUGGUAACGGUGACCGGUUGGCUCGCCUCGGCGAUUAUUCUAUUUAGCUUAAUCGGCAUCGAGGCUCGACAGCACCAAAAAGCCCAAGCCCAGCAAGCUCUCAUAUAUACCCAGAACUUUUUCGCAGGAGUCAUAUCUGCCGGUCUCUACGUUCUGACAGCAUUGCUACUUUCCAUUUACGUGGUGAGCUUGAAGACAUUCCCCUUCAGUUAUGCAGACAGACGAAAGAUCGAAUGCACCAGUAUUGUGCUUCGAGUCACUAGUUUUGCCAUCUUGCUUCUCGGAGGAGCUGCAGUAUACAGCGACAUUGAAGGCUGGCCAUUGAUGGAUUCUCUCUAUUUCACCGACUAUACGCUUUUGACAAUUGGUAUUGGGAAUUUCGCCCCUAUGACCCAUUUAGGGCGCAGCUUGCUGUUUCCCUUUGCCACUAUGGGGAUCACUAGCUUGGGUCUAGUUAUCACCAGUGUGGCAUCUUUCACUGACAAGAUGAGGGAAAUUAAACUCAAGCGUAAUAUCAGAGAGGCUCGAAGAGACUUUCGUAAUACAGACUCGAAAGAAACAACCGAUGCAUUAUCAACAGUUGAAGGCGAUCAAUCUCGAUCCCCUUCAGUCAAACGCCAUAUACCGAAAUGCGAAGAGAUCAUCAAAAUACGCAACGCCAGGUUUGAAUUCUAUCGAAGGACGAGAUGGGCGGAGUUAGGAUUAUUCUUAGCUGCAUGGUUUGUCCUGUGGCUUGCCAGUGCGGGCGUCUUCUACCACUCCGAGAAGGAAGCUAACUGGACCUACUUUGUGGCUCUAUACUUCACCUAUACAUCACUCACCACAAUCGGAUAUGGGGAUCUAUUCCCCACAAGCAAUUUUGGCAAAGUCUUCUUCAUCUUCUGGUCAUUACUGGCCAUUCCAGUCCUAACAAAUCUGGUCACUGUGAUUGGUAACAUUUUCCACAUAUGGCUGGCUUCCUGCUCUGGUUGGAUAAGGCGGCACGUCUUUCGCAGAGAUGGCACGAGUGGACACAAUCACGAGCAUAUGCGUCGCUCGGGCUUCGAUGCGAACAAAGAACCUCUUAAUCUGGCGCCACGGGAUUCGGGAAUUGGUAUGGAGAGGCGGGACCAGCCUUAUUUACAGACUAGGCAAGGCCUACCAGCUACGCAUGUCAGCUUUGAAACAAAAGAGUCUUUGAAAAACGAACAAUACCAGACCACGCCCAGGAGGGCUGUGACGCACUAUCGGUUGUUGCUUCUGGAAGAGAUCGAAGACCUCAUUUCCGUGACGAGAGAUGAUUCAGUUGAUCAUCAAGAAGAGCUUUGUUGUAGAUGGGCGAGAUUGAUUCCUAUGCUUGAGUCCAAGAAUGAUGGCGGUAGCUUUUAUAAUCUACUGCUGCCCCUGUUUAUGCCCCCGAAAUCCGAAAGAAUGACGGAGGGCAUGUUUAAGGGCCAUGAGAAGAAAAUAGCGGAGAGGAACGUCGAGAUUUUAUGGAUGGUGACCUUGUUAGUGGAGAAACUUUCUUUGGACUUACGCCAGGAGCUUCUUGAGAGGACCUAA